ACCAAUGCAAUGUUUGUGUACGUUGUUCACUUCGGCGUUGGACUUUUUCUCGUUGGAGCUAAUCAGCAGAAAAUUUCUGUUUGCGUUAUCACUAAAGUAAAUUUUAGUUUUGCUCAGGUACGGAAAUCUAGUCGGUGGAUAAAUUAAGGUGUUCGGAUUGUAACAUUUUGAUCGCGGUGACAAACAGAAGGAGCUGAAACCUGUUUGCCUCGCUGGAAGUAAACAAGAACCGGCCCCCCACUCAGUCGAUUCACGGGACUUGCGCUGCCAGCAGUGAGCAUUCAAAUUCGAAGCCGAUAAGAGCAUCUUCGCGCGGGAUACGUGUCAGUUUUUGGACAGCAUCAUCAUCAGCAGUUGCAUCAUCUGGAAGUGUGGAGAUGGGAGCUGUCGGAAAGAUGCGGGCGUUGAUUCUGGUCGGCGGUUACGGGACCCGGUUGCGGCCACUGACGCUGAGCACGCCCAAGCCGCUGGUGGAGUUUGCAAAUAAACCGAUUUUGCUGCACCAGAUUGAGGCGCUGGUUGAGGCAGGUGUUGGUCAGGUGAUUUUGGCCGUGUCGUACCGGGCGGAACAGAUGGAGGCCGAGCUGCGGCAGAAGGUUGAGCGACUCGGGGUCAAGUUGAUCUUUUCGCACGAAACGGAACCGCUGGGGACGGCUGGUCCGCUUGCGUUGGCCAAAGAGAUUCUGGCCGAGAGUACGGAACCGUUUUUCGUGCUGAAUUCGGACGUGAUUUGCGACUUUCCAUUUAAGGAGCUGGAGCAGUUUCACCGGAAGCACGGUCGGGAGGGCACCAUUGUGGUGACCAAAGUCGAGGAACCGUCCAAGUACGGUGUGGUGUUGUACCACGACGAUGGCCGCAUCAAGAGUUUUAUCGAGAAACCUCAGGAGUUUGUAAGCAAUAAGAUCAACGCCGGAAUGUACAUCCUGAACCCGUCCGUGCUGUCCCGGAUCCAGCUGAAGCCCACCUCGAUCGAGAAGGAAGUGUUCCCCAUCAUGUCCGGCGAGCAGGAGCUGUACGCGUUCGAGCUGAACGGCUUCUGGAUGGACAUUGGCCAGCCGCGGGAUUUCCUGACCGGAAUGUGCCUGUACCUGAAUUCGCUGCGACAGCGUCAACCAGAGCUGCUGUACGCGGGCCCCGCCGGCCACGUCGGCAACGUGCUGAUCGAUCCAACCGCGAAAAUCGGCGCCGGCUGUCGGAUAGGACCGAACGUAACCAUCGGUCCGGACGUGGUCAUCGAGGACGGGGUGUGCAUCAAGCGGUGUACGAUCCUGCGGGGCGCCGUCAUCAAGUCGCACUCGUGGCUCGACAGCUGCAUCAUCGGGUGGCGCUGCAUGGUUGGCCGCUGGGUGAGAUUGGAGGGAACGACCGUACUCGGCGAGGACGUCAUCGUGCAGGACGAGAUCUACAUCAACGGCGGCCAGGUGCUGCCCCACAAGAGUAUAGCGCUGAGCGUGCCCGAGCCGCAGAUCAUCAUGUAGGAAGGCCUUCACCUUUUUGAUUUGGAUUGCGCGCGCGGAAAAGGUCACGCUGAUUGAUGGCGAUCAUCGAGAGCGCGCUAAUGAACCCCCCAAGAACCGCGUAAUCCUUCUUAUUGAAAUUGGUAAGAUAUAUGUGUAGACAAGUGUAUUUUAGACAAUGAUGCAGAUAGAGAGAGAAAGAGUAGGAGGUCAAUCAUUGCCACGAGAAAUGCAUUUUUAAAGAAGUAGUUCUUUUGAAGAGAAUAUUCAGAUGUUUUUAAUUGGAUGAUUUUAUUAUUUUCUAAAAAUUUAUUAUAUUGUUUGCAUUCCAAACCUACGAAUAAACAAUGCCAAUGAAGUCUGUUUCGA